GCACCCCCACCUUCCCACCACCCCACAGCCAUGCAGGGCGCCUGGGUGCUGCUGCUGCUGGGCCUGAGGCUACAGUUCUCCCUCGGCGUCAUCCCAGCUGAGGAGGAAGACCCAGCCUUCUGGAACCGCCAGGCAGCCGAGACCCUGGAUGCCGCCCAAAAGCUGCAGCCCAUCCAGACAAGAGCCAAGAACCUCAUUCUCUUCUUAGGGGACGGGAUGGGGAUGCCCACAGUGACAGCUGCUCGGAUCCUCAAGGGACAGAUGAAUGGCAAGCUGGGACCCGAGACCCCCCUGGCCAUGGACCAGUUCCCAUACACGGCUCUGGCCAAGACAUACAAUGUGGACAGACAAGUGCCAGACAGCGCAGGCACGGCCACGGCCUACCUGUGCGGGGUCAAGGCCAACUACCAGACCAUUGGUGUGAGUGCGGCAGCCCGGUAUAACCAGUGCAACACAACAGGCGGCAAUGAGGUCAGCUCUGUGCUGCAACGGGCCAAGAACGCAGGGAAGUCAGUGGGCGUAGUGACCACGACCAGGGUGCAGCACGCCUCCCCAGCCGGCACCUACGCACACGUGGUGAACCGUGAGUGGUACUCGGAUGCGGACAUGCCCCCCGAGGCUCUGGAGGAGGGCUGCCAGGACAUCGCCGCGCAGCUCCUCUCCAACGUGGACAUCAACGUGGUCCUGGGUGGAGGCCGCAAGUACAUGUUUCCCAACGGGACCCCUGACCCCGAGUACCCUGGAGAGGCGGCGCAGAGCGGGGUCAGGCUGGACAAGAGGAACCUGGUUCAGGAAUGGCAGGCCAAGUACCAGGCUGGCCAGUAUGUGUGGAACCGGACGGCGCUCAUCCAGGCUUCCCAGGACGCCUCCGUGACUCACCUCAUGGGCCUCUUUGAGCCAGGGGACAUGACGUACGAGGUCUACCGAGACUCUGUGCAGGACCCGAGCCUGACGGAGAUGACGGAGGCGGCCUUGCGCGUGCUGAGCAGGAACCCCCGCGGCUUCUACCUCUUCGUGGAGGGGGGUCGCAUUGACCAUGGUCACCAUGCAGGCAGAGCUUAUCUGGCACUCAAUGAGGCCGUCAGUUUUGAUGACGCCAUCAGCAAGGCCGGCCAGCUCACAAGCGAGAAGGACACACUGACCCUCGUCACUGCUGACCACUCUCACGUCUUCACUUUUGGUGGCUAUACUCUGCGUGGCAGCUCCAUUUUCGGGCUGGCUCCUUCCAGGGCCGCAGACGGCAAGAGCUACACCUCCAUCCUUUAUGGCAAUGGCCCGGGCUUCGCCCUCAGCGAGGGCCUCCGGCCCAACGUCAGCGACAGUGAGAGUGGGGACCCCGAGUACAAGCAGCAGGCGGCCGUGCCCCUGACGUCCGAGACCCACGGGGGCGAGGACGUGGCGGUGUUCGCGCGCGGCCCGCAGGCGCACCUGGUGCGCGGCGUGCGGGAGCAGCACUUCGUGGCGCACAUCAUGGCCUUCGCCGCCUGCCUGGAGCCCUACACGGCCUGCGGCCUGAGCGGUGCGGCGGGCCCCGGGCUGUCUGGCGGCCCCUCGCUGGUCCUGCUUGCUGGGGCGCUGCUGCGGCUGCUGCUGGGGACCGUGUUGCCCUGACCGCUCCCCGGCCCCAGCCCCCUGAAUCCCACUCCUCUUGUGUCCCCAAUUGUGUUUCCAUCGGCACCCAUGUCCAAAGCCUCCAGACCCAGGACCCACCUCUGGCCCCUGGGUUCUGACCUUUACCUGUUGCAAUAAAUGAGCCUCAGCUGGUGUGGCGCUGACCUCACCCCUCCGGGCUGCGCAGGGGCACCCUGGGGCACCCUGGAAGCGGAGCCAGUGAUGUUCCUGAUGCACCAACGGUCAUCCUAGUCUUUGUGGGCUCUCCACCCCCAAACCAGGCAGCGUGAGACCUGAGCAAUGUAAAGGCGCCCCAAUGACAGUGGCUGCCUGUCACCCUGCAGCCAGUGAGGGUGAUGGAGGCUGCUGGGGUCACCUGUUUGGGAAGAGGUUUGGGGGAGGGGCUUCGACAGUAUGGAGGGCAGGACCAGUAAAAUGGCACCGGUCGGA